UUUUUCUCCAGAGCUUCUCUGCUUCACAAUCUUGGUAAGGCAAGUAUCCCCAUAAACGUUAAGCUUCCAUUUUACAUUCAAAGAGAAAAACGAUGAAGCUCUCACUGAAACUCCAAGAGAAUUCUCAAACCCAGAAUCACCAAAAACAAUCACAAACACACCCACUUCUCCUCCGUGCCAAAAUCCCCAUUUCCAUUUUCAAUCUUCCUUUCCUUUCUUGCUUCUCUACCACCACCCAUCACCCUUCUGAUCUCUCCCUUUCUCUUGCCACCAGUUUCCCUUCUGGACCUACUCUUAAACUCGCUUACUCCACUGCCUCAACUCCCAUCACUCCCAGCUCCACCACCCCAAUCGCCCCUCCUUUAACUCUGACGCUCAAAUCUGGAAUUGGGGUUUUUGGGUCUCCCAAGAACUCACCUUUAGUCAUUUCUGCUAACUUUACCUUCUCCCCUUUGAAUUCUAAUCAAAAUCCCACUUUUACCCUUCUCUUCAAACCCCAAUUGGGUUCCUUUUCGCUUCGUAAAACCACUACUUCUGACCUGAAUUCUAGUUCUACUGCCGUGGGUAAGCAGAAUGGUGAUGGAAAUUCAUUUGGGUUUGUUCCUUUGGAGAGGCCAUCGAGUUUUAAGGAAUUCUCGAUGGAGGAUUAUGCGAAAGAUUCUGUCUUUAAGGGGAUUGCUGUAAUGGCGAAGACGGAAAUGCCUUUGACUAAUAAGGUUGUGAUGGAUUGUCGUUGGGGUGUGAAUUUUCCAAAGGAUUUGGGAAGCAGGAUGCCGUUUUUAAGUGUGAAUAAGAUCGGGAUUAAGAGAAUUGAGGAAGUUAAGGAGGUGAAGGAGAAGAAGGAUAAGAAUUCACGCGAAACAGAGUUGCUGAAAGGUAUGUGCUUUUGGAUGAAAAACGAGUUGGAGAUGCUGCAGAGAGAGAAUAGAGAGAUGAAACAUAGGUUGGAGGAAAUGAAGAUGGGGAAUGGUGGUAGGAAGGGUGUUGGUGAGGCAGAGUUUGUAGGUGUGCAGGUGAUUGAGAAUUCAGGAGGAUUUGAGCAGUGGAGGAAUAAGAGGAAUAGUGGGGGAGAGAAUCCGAAGAAAGAGGUGAAGAAGAACUCCUCCAACGGGAAUCGAGCAAGUGAUGUUGAGAGUGAGUUGCAGAAAGCUAUUAGGGCUGCUUCUUCAUCAUGAGGUGCUUAACUCCAUCUGCACUCUCAAGUAACCUUGGUCAGCUGUCUGGAGCAUCCCUUAGCUAAUUACAUGAGUACAUCUCCACCCUACUGAGCAAUAAAUCUCCUCGUGGCACCAAAUUCCCUCUCAAGUAGUUGUCUUUUUUUAAAAUUUCCCACCCGGUGUCCAGUAUUCACAUUGGAGCCCGACUAAAUCCGGAUUCGCGCCGGGAAGUCCCUCUCAAAUAAUUGUCAUGGUUGAUAUGUUGUGCAUAUAUGAUGGCUCAUUGAGAAAAAUAUGACUCAUUAUUACGAGUGACAGGAGUUUCAGAUGUGCAAAGAUUGCAAGAAUGAUCUUUAAGACUAUCCAAAUACCAAUGCUCAGUACUGUGGAGUAAAGUGUUUGCUUUAUUUAAAUUUAGCACUCAUGGCUGCAUAUUUUUUAAAAAGAUGAAAGACUUCACCUGUUUGUCCAUACAAAUUUUUAUUCAAUAAACCGUUUGGGUAUACAUUAAAGUUUUAAGUUUGAAAAAAUGGUUUUGACAAGUUUUUCAAGUAAUUUUCCCCCAUUCACAAAGUUUCAACUUCUUUUCAAGUUAAAUGCAUGUGUAAAUUUUUUUUAAAAAAAAUAAAAUAAAAUAUGAAAAUUACCAGUUUUAAAAAAAAAAAUCAAAUAUGCUGGACUUUUUUCUUCAUCUAUCUACAAAUGGUGGGGCUAAGGGGAUUGAUCCUCUACGAGGGGUUGAUUUUGAGGAAGAAAUUGCAGGCUUCUUAGAGCUAAAAAGUGCUGGAUAGAGAUUGGCACUUCAACAGGUCAGAAUUGGCAGUUUGUUGGGGGCUUGGAAUUGUUCUUUCACAAUUCUGUAUAUUUCCUCUUCCUCAUAUUUAUCCACUUCCUCUACUAGAAAAAGGAAGUCUAAGCAUAUUCUUUUGAAUUAGUUUGGGAACACACAGUUCCUAGUAGUCUGACCUAUUGUGAAAGCUAUUCUGGCACCCUAAUAGAUAGUGUCAA